AUUCUAGUUGGAAACCGGUUCAUGAAUGUUAUAGAAUAGGCUAAACUAUAAACAUAAAUAAUAAUAGAAGUUGAAUGAAACUUCUUUUCGCAUGUACGCCAACUUAUUAAGUUUUAUUUUAUUGAACUUUUAGGUUAUAUACUAUAGUUCAGAAUGUCUGUUUUAGGAAUCGAUUUUGGAAAUGAGAACUGUUACAUAGCAGUUGCUCGAGCCGGAGGAAUUGAAACUAUAGUUAAUGAAUAUAGUCAACGAAUCACACCAUCGUAUGUGGCCUUUAAAGAAAACAGUCGUGACCUUGGUGUUUCAGCUAAAAACAAACACGUAACAAACGUGAAAAACACCUUGUUUGGUUUUAAAAGACUUCUUGGCAGAAAGCUAAGAGACCCAGCUGUUCAAAGAGAAAGAACAUAUUUAACAUAUGACAUGCAUGAGCUAUCUAAUGGUGACAUUAGUGUGAAGACACCAACUGUGGAUUUGGGGCAUUAUCAAAUAGAAUUGGGGCACAGCCCCCAUGUGCUGGUGCCUAUUGCUUUGAAUUACGGUUUCUACAAGGCUGACUUAGAAGAUAAAGCAAAGAACGUUGUGUUUGUAGACAUUGGUCAUUCAGCUACUCAAGUAUCGGCUUGUGCUUUUACUAAAGGUCAACUUAAGAUGCUAGCUGCCACAUGGGAUACGAGUGUAGGAGGUAGAGACUUUGACAACGUGUUGGUUCGACACUUUGCCGAAGAAUUCUGUACCAAGUACAAGAUUAACACCAUGUCCAGCAGGAAAGCUGUUAUGAGGCUUCUGACUGAGAGUGAGAAGCUCAAGAAACAGAUGAGUGUGAAUCCGCACGAACUACCACUAAACAUUGAAUGUUUUAUGGAAGACAAGGAUGUUGUUUCAAAGAUGACAAGAAACACCUUUGAAGAACUGACUGCAGAUCUACUAGCAAGGUUGGAGGAAACAAUGAAACAAGUUUUACAAGAGGCCAAACUAACACCCAGUGACUUGGAUGAUGUUGGAAUCGUUGGAGGGUCCACCCGUAUGCCUGCAAUAAAGCGGCUGAUACGAAAGGUUUUUGGCCGAGAACCUAGUACAACGCUGAACCAAGAUGAAGCCGUAGCUCGUGGCUGUUGUUUACAGUGUGCUAUGUUAUCCCCAACAUUUAAAGUGCGAGAGUUCUCCAUCACCGAUAUUCAGCCGUACCCAAUUAAGGUUACGUGGGAUGCAAGUAUUAAAGAUGAUGGAGAAAUGGAAGUGUUUCCAAAGUUUCAUCAAGUUCCUUUCUCCAAAAUACUCACCUUUUGUAGAAGUAAACCAUUCACUCUACAAAGUUCCUACUCCGAUAAAGUUAAUGUUUCAUAUCCUGACUCUCAAAUCGGUACAUAUACAAUACAAAAGGUUGCUCCCUCCAUUGAUGGGGAAUGUGCAAAGGUCAAAGUGGAGUUGAAGAUAAACAUCCAUGGUGUUUUCUCAGUUUGCUCAGCGGGUAUGGUAGAAAAACAAACGAUGGAUGAAGAUGGACAAGAUGAAAGUGAAAAUCUAAAUGAUGAAAUAAAUGCUCCCCCAAACAGUGAAGAUAUGGGGUUCAAGAAACAGGCAACAAAUGAUGAGGCUGAAAAACUGGUUAAACAUGAGAAUCAUCUGAGGUUUUAUGUUGAUUCAGAGAAGAAACAGCCAAUCCAGAAAAAACAAAAGAAAUUUAUGAAGUUAUUAGAGUUACCAAUUGACUCUUCAGUGUCUCAACUAUCUAGAAAAGAGCUAGAUGAUUUAAUUGAGACCGAGGCCAAAAUGGUUCAACAGGAUAGAAUGGAAAAAGAAAAAGUGGAUGCAAAGAAUGCUGUUGAAGAAUACGUUUAUGAUACGAGGGGUCAAUUGUGUAAUAAACUACAGAAAUUUGUGUCCGAGCAGGAUAGAAUUGUGUUAAUAAAGCUGCUAGAAGAGACAGAAAACUGGCUUUACGAUGAGGGUGCAAAACGGCCUAAGAAAGUAUAUGUUGAAAAACUGACAGAACUAAAGAAACACUGCCAUCCUGUUAUUGACAGGUGUCACGAGUUUGAAGAACGUUCUUCCGUGAUUGAUCAGUACUUUCGGUCAUUGCAAUCGACAAGGAACAUUGUAGACCAGUAUGCAGCCAAUGACAAACAGUAUGCUCACAUCGCAGCACAAGAAAUGGAGAAAGUUAAGAACACUGUGGAGCAGAAACAACAGUGGCUAGAUCAUCAGAUGAGUGUCUUGUCUCAAAUACCACCACAUCAGAACCCACCAAUCUUGGCAUCUCAAAUUUACCAUGAUCUAAAGACUUUUGAUAAUAAAGUGACAACUAUCCUCAACAUACCAAAGCCUAAAGUUGAUCCACCAUCAGAAGGGAAAACCUGUGCAGGUGAAGGACGUGAACCAGAAGCUUCCACAGAUAAAACAGUGGAGAACCAUCAACCAGCCAGCCAAGAAAAUAUGGACACUAACUAACUAAGUGUAGUCAGAAUGUUUACCUUUGGUUGUAGUAAUGUUAUUAACAGAAUGUCUUCCAUAAAGUAGUAAAAAAGUUUUAUUUAUAAUAUCAAUAUUGUGUCUGGGGUUAGCACAUUAUUAAAAUAAAGCUGAAGUAAACAUUAAAAGCUAUGUCAACCCCAAAACAGAAAACAAGUUUUUAAUCUAAUUUUCUUCUGCAAGAAAGCUUUUAAAAGUUUUU